AUGCCGUCUCUCGCCCCCUUGGUCCCGUCAAUUCUGCUCCUCGGAGCGGCACAUCUGACUGGCGCAGUGCAAGUGCGACAGCUCUACCAGUUCCCCGAAGCGACCUUCACUGAGAACAUCGCCGUUCGCUCCAACGGCCAUCUACUCCUCAACACCUUUGCCAACGCCAGCACCUACACGCUGGACCCGAGCGCCGAGAACCCCAAGGCUGAGUUGAUCGCCCAGGUGCCCGGCAUCACGGGACUUACGGGAAUUGCCCAAGUCGCCCACGAUGUCUUCGCCGUUACUGGCGGCAUCAGUGACAUUGCCAACUAUGCCUGGGAGGCUGGGACCGGCCAAACGGCCAUCAUAAACUUCAAGAAGUGCGAAAAGAACGGUAAGCCCACCGUGAAGACCGUAGCCAGGGGUGGCAACACGACCAUGCUGAACGGCAUGACUGCUCUGCCCAAGCAUCCGCACAUCGUCCUCCACGCGGGUUCAAAGGAAGGCAACAUCUUCCGCACCAACACGGCAACGGGCGCCUUCGACAUCGCCUUCCAAGACGAGAAGCUGGGAAUCUCCGCCGGCGCACCCGUCCCGCUCGGUAUCAACGGGCUGCAUAUCUUUGGAGACUACCUGUACUUCACCAACUCGGCCCAGCAGUUCUUCGGAAGGGUCAAGAUUACCGACAAGGGCGACCGGGCUGGCGACAUCGAGGAGAUUGCGCGUGUCGAAACCGUGCCGGGAGGCGCCGCUUACGACGAUUUUUCUCUGGCCCGCGACGGCACGGCUUACAUUGGCCUGCACCCGCACUUCCUGGUCAAAGUUACCCCGGAUGGAGAGCAAACCGUGCUCGUUGAUGAUUCGGGGGAUAUUGUGCUUGCGGGACCAACCUCCACUGCGCUCAGCAAGGACGAGAAGACGGUGUAUGUUGUGACUGGAGGCACGACCGAGGCCAGCGGAGGCAGGGGACAAGUUGUGGCUGUCACGCUCUAA